AUGACCUCUGUUUGCAUGUCCAACACCGUCCUCCUCCGCCGGCCGACCUAUGCGAAUCUCCAUAAGUGGCCGGAAUCUGAGGCGGAGUUUGUGAAGACGGUGAUGAGCUCCGGCAAGGGGAGGGACACAAGUUCACCCACUGGUGGUGGUUUUGAUGAUAGCAUCUCGUGGGGGCAAAUGUACUUGAGAAGCUAUACAUUUUCAAGAAAGGAGGAGGGUGUGAAGGACAAGACUAUCAAGUAUUUGAGAGCUUGUGCCAAAAAUGUAACAAAUCUUAAAGGUAGGGUCAGGAUUGACCUUAACAUGCUUAAGAAUGUGUCUUAUGGUGCCUUUUUCUCAGUGUUUCACCGUUUGCUAUCAUGCUCUUCCAAGGUUGACGAGGCUCAUCACCAUGGACCACUUUUUUAA